GCAAAAGCAAAAAGCAAAAUGCAGCGUCUAUCUAAGAUUACGGAAGAAGAAACCUCCAUUUCACUGUGCACUUAAUUUUCACCUUUUCCCAGUUUCUACUCUGCUCGCCUUUUCCAUGGCCAAACCCUAGAUCUGUCUCCCCCAAGCUUUUUUAGCUUUUUGUUGCAAGUGAAAGGAACUGUUUGACCGGCGGCGGCGGCGGCGGAGGAGGAGCACAGAGAGAGAGAGAAAGGCAGAGGUAGAGAGAGAGAGAGAGAGAGAGAGAGAGAGAGACAUGAGUGAAGCGUCAUCGACGCUGGCGGCGACGGGGUUCCGGCCGCCGUUCACGGCGGCGCAGUGGCAGGAGCUGGAGCAUCAGGCUCUGAUAUACAAGUACCUCGUGGCGGGAUUGCCUGUGCCGCCGGACCUCGUCCUCCCCAUCCGCCGGAGCUUCGAAUCCAUUGCUGCGAGGUUCUUUCAUCAAUCGAGCUUGGGGUAUUCUUCCUAUUACGGGAAGAAAAUAGACCCAGAGCCCGGUAGGUGCCGGAGGACAGAUGGGAAGAAGUGGAGGUGCUCCAAAGAUGCAUAUCCGGACUCCAAAUACUGUGAGCGGCACAUGCACCGAGGCCGAAACCGUUCAAGAAAGCCUGUGGAAUCUCAAUCUACUUCUCAGUCGCUGUCAACUGCCGUAUCACGCAGUGCCACUGGAAGUAGUAGUAGUGGAGCUGGUAGUUUACAGAGCCUGCCUCUGCACUCCUUUGUUAAUAGUAAGGAUUCAAUGCUUGGAAGCAAUACAUCAAAGUGGCAGAUACAGCCUUCCUCCUGCGAGAUCAAUGAUAAAGAGUACAGGUAUCUCCAUGGAGUCAAGGCUGAAGGAGAUGGGCAAGGUUUCCAUUCAGAGGGUUCAGGAAGCUGCCGGGUCCUGGGAAUGGACCGUAACAUAGACAACACUUGGCAUCUCAUGCCAUCAUCCGGUCAGGUAGACCCCCCUCUGAAUGCGAGCUAUGGUGCCCAUUUGCAAAGCAACUCCUAUCCACAAGCCAUGCUACAGGAUUUUGAGUCAAUGAGCAGUGCUGCAAUGUCAAGACAGCGGCAGCAACAUUGCUUCUUUGGCAGCGAGAUUGGUCCAUCAGGGCCUGGCAAACAGGAGACUCAUGCCGUAAGACCUUUCUUGGAUGACUGGCCUAAAGUUAGAGAUUCAUGGUCCAGUCUUGAUAGUCAGAGGUACGACAAGAAUACAUUCUCAACCACUGAGCUAUCAAUCUCUGUUCCAAUAUCUCUGUCCGAAAUCUCAUCCAGGAAUGCUUCUUCCCCAAAAUGGUGAGUCAACAACUCCCUUCCAUAAAGCUUGUUCCAACCUUUUUGGAAGGGUUUAAAACCCGAAAGAUAAAAUCAGACCUAAACAGUAGCAAUCAUCUUGCUUUGGUGCAGAUGAUGGAAAGAAGCCUACAGUAGCAAUCAUCCUACGAUCUUGGAUGUGAGGUAUGGAUCAAAUAAUGUGCCUUUUUUAGGAAGGUGUUUUACCUUCUCUUGCUUUCCGAACU